CCUGUCAUCUUCUUAGCGCCAACUCUGCAGUUUCUUCUCUAAACGCGCACUACGCCAACCACUUGAACCACAGAAACCGUCCAGAUUAUAAAUUACAGGAGAGUAAGAAUCAAGAAACGAAGAAGCAUAAUAGAGAUAGAGAAAGAGAGAUUGUUUCUUGAUGAUGAUCAUGGCGGAGUUACAAUCCUUGUAUAGAAUCCACAAAGUCUUAACGGACUCAGAAAUGGUCGCGGCUCAACAGUUGAUGCAGUUAAGCGAUGAGGAUAACAGCAAUAGCAUUAACAGGAAGAGCAAGAACAAGAAUAAUUGUGAUGACAAUGAGGACUCGUUUGAUCGUAGCAGCCAAGAUGAGAUCACUUCGAAGAAGAAGAUUGAAGAGAUUUUUGGUAAAGAAGAGGAGUUUAUUAUCGAACGGCCAAGGAAGAAAAGAUUCAGGUCUCUGCAGAGCAUUUACAAGGACACCAAGCCGAUAAAGGUUAUUAGACAUGGCAGGCAAGAAUCAUCAUGAGAUGAGGUAAUCGAAGAAACCCUAAUGGAGGUUUUGGGAUAAAAGAGUAUUUUUGUAAACAUAUAGCCUUCUAAUUUUUUUUGGCUUUGUAGGGAGAUCGAAUUAACAAAGCUUUUUUGUUUUCUUUUUUGCUUGUCAUAUGACUGAUAAGUGAAGGGGUUCUUGAUGAUAAUUUCUUGCAUGGAUGAAGUAAGGAUGAUGAUGAUAUAGUUUAUAUUUACAGUUUUGAUUAUGGGAUUUUGGUUUAAUAUAUCAUUAAGAGCAGUGGGUUAAGUUUA